GUAAAGUACUAAGAGCUUGUUUGUAGUCAAAAAAGUUGUCAGCUUUCCCAAAAAGAAAAACCCCAACAAAAAACUCUCCACUUCCUACACUCAUCACACUCUUCUUUUACUUCUGUCUUUUUCCUCUUCACUUCAUUCAUGGCAUUUCAGAUGCUGCUUCUCUCCUUGUACAUUCUCUUUUUCAUAGCCUUCACUAGCUUGUACACUUCUACUUUUGCUGCAUCUGAUGUUGAGCUUCUCUUGUUAAAGAUCAAACCCUCACUUCAGGGCAGUUCAGAGAACUUGUUGUUAUCUUCAUGGAACACUUCAGUUCCACUCUGUCAAUGGAGAGGUCUCAAAUGGGUUUUCACCAAUGGAACUUCUUUGCUCUGCACUGAUCUUUCUUCACCUCAAUGGACAAGUCUUUUACUUUACAGAAACCCAUCUUUGCAUCUUGUUUCUCUUCAGUUGCCAUCAGCUAAUCUCACUGGAACACUCCCAAGAGAACUUGGUGAGCUUUCUACAUUGCAAAGUCUUUAUCUUGGUGUUAAUUCACUACAUGGGAACAUUCCUCUUGAGCUUGGCUACAGCUCUUCUCUCUCUGAUAUUGAGUUGAGUAGCAAUAACCUCACUGGGACAGUUCCAGCUUCAAUAUGGAAUCUUUGUGAUAGGCUUGUUUCUCUCAGGGUUCAUGGUAAUUCUUUGUCUGGUUCUCUUCCUAACCCUGCAUUGCCUGAUGCUACUUGUAAAAAUUUGCAGUUUCUUGAUUUUGGGGAAAACAUGUUUUCUGGGAAUUUUCCUGAAUUUAUAACUAGGUUUAAUGGUCUUAAAGAUCUUGAUUUGGGGGAUAACAAUUUUUCUGGGCCAGUUCCUGACACAUUAGCUGCAUUAAAGCUGGAAAAAUUGAAUCUUUCACACAAUAAUUUUAGUGGGGUGUUGCCAAAUUUUGGGGAAUCAAAGUUUGGUGUGGAGGUAUUUGAGGGGAACAGUCCUACUCUUUGUGGGCAUCCUUUAGGGCCUUGUAGUGGAAGCUCUGGUUUGAGUCCUGGUGCAAUUGCUGGUAUUGUUAUUGGUUUGAUGAGUGCAAUGGUGGUUGUGGUGUCAUUGUUGAUUGGGUAUUUUCAAGGGAAAAAGAGGAAACAUGCAGAUGAAGAAGAGGAUGAAUUUGAGGAAGUUGAAGAUGAGGAAACUGGUGGUGGUGGUGGUGGUGAGGGGAAGUUGAUCUUGUUUCAAGGGGGUGAGCAUCUGACACUGGAGGAUGUGCUUAACGCGACGGGGCAAGUGAUGGAGAAGACUAGUUAUGGGACUAUUUAUAAGGCAAAAUUAGCUGAUGGUGGAACCAUUGCUUUGAGGUUGUUGAGGGAAGGGAGUUGUAAGGAUGGAAGUUCAUGUUUAUCUGUGAUUAAACAUCUGGGAAAAGUUAGACAUGAGAAUUUGAUUCCUUUGAGAGCCUUCUAUCAAGGGAAGAGAGGGGAGAAGCUUCUCAUUUACGAUUAUCUCCCCAACAGAAAUCUUCAUGAACUCUUACAUGAAUCAAGAGUUGGGAAGCCAGUAUUGAAUUGGGCUAGGCGACACAAAAUAGCAUUGGGCAUAGCCAGAGGACUAGCGCACCUUCAUGGUCUGGAAACACCCAUUACCCAUGGGAAUGUUAGGUCAAAGAAUGUUCUCGUCGAUGAGUUCUUCGUUGCCAGGCUUACUGAAUUUGGACUUGACAAGAUAAUGAUCCCAGCUGUAGCUGAUGAAAUCAUAGCACUUGCAAAAGCUGAUGGUUACAAGCCACCUGAACUGCAAAGGAUGAAGAAGUGCAAUUCGAGAACUGAUGUUUACGCUUUUGGAAUCCUACUACUGGAGAUUCUGCUAGGAAAGAAGCCUGGAAAGAAUGGAAGGAACGGCGACAAUGUUGAUUUGCCUGCACUAGUGAAAGUAGCCGUUUUGGAGGAAACAACGAUGGAGGUAUUCGACGUGGAGCUUUUGAAGGGAAUUAGGAAUCCAAUGGAAGAAGGUUUGGUACAAGCAUUGAGACUUGCGAUGGGUUGUUGUGCUCCUGUGGCUACCGUUAGACCGUCGAUGGAAGAAGUCGUACGACAGUUAGAGGAGAACAGACCGAGAAACCGGUCUGCUUUGUACAGCCCUGCUGAAACUAGGAGUGGAAGUGGUACUCCAUUUUAAAGCUCAUGUUGUGAUUUUAGUAAUGAGUAUUGUUUCAUAUUAUGCCUCUCUUUUUGUCUCCUAAAGGAGAGAGGGCUAAAUGGUUAUAGCUUUCUUACUCUUUCAACUAUUUACCUUUGGCUUUGCAUUGUUAGGGAAAAUCUUUCCAUAGACAAAUUGACAAUAGACAAUAUGUCACGUUAGGCAGCAAAUUGGAUAUUAUAGUGUGCUUUUUUAGAU